AUGACGUUUUCAGACGAAUCCAAAAAUAUUCUAUACGAAGUUCGUGGUAAAAUUGCCAUCAUCCAACUCAACAUUCCCAAAUCUUUAAACUCGCUGACGGGACCGCAGUAUCUCUACCUCGGACAGCUAGUCCAGCGAGCAGAUGCCGACCCUAACACACUAAUAACUCUUCUUUGUUCUUCGGGACGCUAUUUUUCAGCUGGUGCAAACGUCAAGAACGAAGGAUUUGAAAAUCAAAGUGGAGCCAAGGACGGAGACGAAAACUUCUUGGAUACCACGGCGUUGUGGAUGUCCAACUUCACUGCGCGCAAUGUGUGGCUUACCCAGUUGUUUCUGAACCACUCCAAGAUCACUGUUUGUGCGAUGAAUGGGCCAGCUGUUGGUUUAUCUGCCGCCAUAGUGGCAAUGUGUGAUCUAAUCUACGGGAUGAACGACUCGGUGUUCCUUCUCACUCCGUUUGCCAGUCUUGGGUUGGUUUGUGAGGGAGCCACAUCGGUAUCGCUAUUCCAAAGACUCGGUAUCUCCAAAGCGAACGAGGCACUAAUAUUUAGCAAGCCUGUGCUUUCCAAAGACCUCUACCGUCUGGGGUUCUUGAAUGAGCUAUACGAUUUUAAGGACACCGACCAAUUCAACAAGAAGAUUGUUGACGACUUGGAAAAGCAAAUGGUAAACUUGAAUCCAAACUCGAUGCUCGAAAUUAAGGCUUCAGUGAGAGCAACAUACCAGAAGAACUUUGAAGUUGGAAAUGUAAGAGAAGCCGUGUUGGGACUACAAAAAUGGGUUGCAGGUAUUCCGCAAGCCAGGUUCACGGAGUUGUACAAAGGCAGCUUCAAGCAUAAGUUAUAG